AUGUUGCCCCCCCUGCCAGAGGUCGAAGGUCUGCGUCACGGCCUGGGUCAGCUGACCUUCAGCGACGGGACAUGUUACACGGGACAGUUUGAGAACGGACUCUUUAACGGCUGCGGGGUGCUGGUCUUCCCCGAUGGCUCCAGGUAUGAAGGUGAAUUCGUGCAGGGCAAAUUUCAAGGCGCUGGCGUCUUCAUUCGCUUUGACGGGAUGAGGUUCGAGGGCGAGUUUAAAGGAGGAUGUGUGGACGGAUACGGAGUCCUGACGUUUUCGGACGGAGGUCCCGGUGGAGGCGUCAGCCAUGAGGGCCUGUUUGAGACCAGCCAGCUGAUGAGGAGAGAGAACAGCCAGGGCGCCGUGCAGAGAGCGCAGGCAGCAGCAACCAAGGCCAGAGCUUUAGCCAUGUGACCAAGACUACAGCACCCACAGUGCCCCAUCACCAGGACCGUCACCCUCCCAUCAGAUCAACCCCCUUCAGGUUUCUUUGACUUCGCAUCACCGAACCUUGUUUUCAGACUUUGCAAACUUCUUUCUUAUUUACUCCGUCCUCCCUGUGUGUUGCAUUUUCUGGAGUAGAACUCAAAGCUCCGGUCUUUUUAUAUGUUUGUAUCUCUUCAAUCUUUCUGCAUCUGAUGAGAGAGCCACUGAUUCAGGAUCAGCCGAGCCAACAGCAGAUUGAAGUGUUCAGUGGAAACACCGGUGCUAAAUUAGCUUCAGGCUUCAUUCUGUUCAAAUCAAGUGCAAGCAGGCGACUUCAGUCAACACUGAUUUGGUGAUUUCCAUCACGUGGAGUUCAAACAGAGCUCGUUUGCUCUUAACGUGGCGAGUUUGAGGAUGUUAUAGGAACUUAACACUCCUGACAUGAGGAUGCUUUCAGGUCCCUGACUGAAUCUGUACGUUUUCAACAUCUAAAAGUAAUUAAAGUUCCAAAUAAGUGAACUCAAAGAAUCAAUUUUGAUCUAUAAUUAUCUUUUGUAGCCUGA